GCAGAGACAGAGACAGUUUUAAGUCUAAGGUUUAGGCAUCAGCUGUCUAGGGUUUAAGCAUUUUGGUUCGUCUCUCACUCGCUCUCUGCAUUAGCCAUGUCCCUCUACCGCCUUCUUCUCCGCUCCCUCAACCACCAUCACCUCCACCAGCGUCCCAACGCGGCCCUUCCCCUCUCCUGCUUCCUCCACAAUGCAGCGUUCAACCCUGCCUCUGAAAACCCAAUCCAAAAUCCUCAGGCUCACACUCCUCCCCCACCCCCGCGCUCUUACGCCUUCACUUCCGCAGAAGAAGCCGCGGCAGAGCGACGCCGCCGCAAGCGUCGAUUGCGAAUAGAGCCCCCAAUACACGCCCUCCGUGCCUCUGCCCCCUCUGGCCCUCCCACUCGUGAUCCCAAUGCCCCGCGGCUUCCAGACAGCACCUCGGCCCUCGUUGGGCAUCGGCUUAACCUUCACAACCGUGUUCAGUCCCUUAUCCGCGCCUCCGACCUAGACGCCGCCUCUCUCCUUGCUCGCUCCUCCGUGUUCUCCUCCACUCGCCCCACUGUCUUCACCUGCAACGCCAUCAUCGCCGCCAUGUACCGCAACAAACGCUUCAACGAGGCAAUUGCUCUCUUUCACUUCUUCUUUAAGCAAUCUGAUAUUGUUCCAAAUGUUGUUUCUUACAACAAUUUGAUUAAUACCUAUUGCGAUACGGGUGAAGUUGAUACUGCUAUCCGAGUUUACCACGAGAUUUUGGAAAACGCGCCGUUUAACCCCUCUCCUGUGACUUAUAGGCACUUGACUAAGGGCUUGAUCGAUGCUGGGAGGAUUGGGGAAGCUGUGGAUCUGCUCAGGGAGAUGUUGAAUAAAGGGCACGGUGCCGACUCUUUGGUUUUCAACAACCUCAUAUUGGGAUUUUUGAAUUUGGGGAAUCUGGAUAAGGCCAAUGAGCUGUUUGAUGAAUUGAAAGAGCGUUGCUUGGUUUAUGAUGGAGUUGUCAAUGCUACGUUUAUGGAGUGGUGGUUUAAUCAGGGGAAGGAUAAGGAGGCCAUGGACUCAUAUAAGUCGUUGUUGGAUAGGAAAUUUAAGAUGCCCCCUCCUACUUGUAAUGCACUUUUGGAGGUUUUGCUUAAACAUGGGAAGACGAAAGAAGCUUGGGCCUUGUUCGAUGAUAUGUUGGACAAUCACACCCCACCCAACAUACAGGCAGUGAAUUCAGAUACUUUUAAUAUCAUGGUGAAUGAGUGUUUCAAGUUGGGGAAUAUUGAGGAGGCCAUUAGAACCUUUAAGAAGGUAGGCACGAAGCCUGGAUCCAAGCCUUUUGCCAUGGAUGUUGCUGGUUAUAAUAAUAUCAUCACCAGGUUUUGUGAGCAUGGGAUGCUAUCUGAGGCGGAGAAAUUUUUUCAAGAAUUGUGUGGAAAGUCUUUGACGCCAGAUGUUCCAAUGUAUAGAACCAUGAUUGAUGCAUACUUGAAAGCAGAGCGGGUUGAUGAUGCUCUGCAGUCAUUUACAAAAAUGGUGGAGACUGGUUUGAGGGUGGUUGCCAGUUUUGGAGCUAAGGUUUUCAGUGAAUUUCUUAAGAAUGGCAAGAACAUGGAAUCUGCAUCUCUUUUGACAAAAAUGGGGGAGAAAGAUCCUAAACCGGAUGCCUCUAUUUAUGAUAUUGUAGUCAGAGGGCUUUGCAAUGCUGAUGAGUUGGACAAGACCCUAGAUAUACUGGACCAGAUGAUGAAGUAUUCCAUUGGUGUUACUCCUGCAUUGCAGGAGUUUGUACGUGGGGCUUUUGGGAAAGUUGGGCGGAAUGAAGAGAUUGAUAGAGUUUUAAAUGAAAAUAGGUGGAGAUUCCCUGGGCCUCAAGCUCGAUCUUGGGGACAGCCACCACCGCGGUCAUUAGGUUCCCCUCCGAUGGCAGGACAGCAAUAUACUGGACCUUCACAAAUGGCAGGACAGCAAUAUUCAGGACCUUCACAAAUGGCAGGACAGCAGCCAUUUGGAUCCUCUGAAUUUUCAGGGCAGCAUUCAUUGAGAUCAGAUUAGAUUGUGGGGCAGCCAUCUUUAGGACCAGUGAUGCGGGGGUGAAAGGUUCAAUUGCCACUCUGAAAAUCAUCUCUUUUGUUCAUCUAUCUUUUAUAAUGGUCUAGCUAUUCUUGUAGUCAGGAUCUCUCAAAUAUAUUAAAAGUCUGAUCAAUAGUUUUAUAUCAUGAUUAUUUUCGCUGUUGAGAUAUCUAUCAGUAUUUGAACUGAACUUGUUUGUCAUUGAGUAAUUAAAUGGUUGCGUUAUGAAGCUAACUGCGGUGGAAUAGCUUCUUGGCUGUAGCUGCUUUCAACUGCUU